GGGCCGGGGCGGGGUUGAGGAAGCCGGCUCGGGGCUGAGGCUGCGUCGGUUUAAUGUCUGCUCUUCGGCGGGAAUAAGAUGUUCAAGUGAGCCAGAGGCAGGAAGAACCAGUUUAGUCUUCACAGCUGUGAGCCAGGAGAGAUCGUUUCCCGUGGAUGCCACGAUGGUCACGGUGGUGUAUGAUAAUUCAGAGGCAACGGAGCUCUGUGCGGCUCACCACCUCUACCUCAAGCCCAUAGCAAAGUUGAUGAUCAGUGUAUUGCUCCCUGAGAGCACGGAACCCAUGAGGCCCUUCUCUAACUGGGAAGUUCUUGACCAGCUGAAGAGCCUGAUUUGUCCUGACCAGUUCACCACGGUGCGGCUCUCCAAGAGCACCAGGGACUUCAUCCGAUUUGAGGGGGAGGCUGAAACUCUAAGUUUGGUUCAGAUCCUGAAGGCCAAGUUACACGGGAAGAUCAUCAAGCUAAGCGGUUUGAAAACAGACUUAAGAGUAGUGGCCACAGAUGCCCAGGGGGAGUGGGAACACUUCCCCAAAGAAAAGGGGGUGCCGUUGGGUGAUGGGUCUGAAGAGCAGGACCACGAUAAGAGCCCAGAUUCCAUAUACUUCGAAGGCCUGCCCUGCAAGUGGUUUGCACCUAAAGGUUCCAACGGGGAGAAGCCGUGUGAAGAGAUCCUUCGGGUGGUCUUUGAAAGUUUUGGGAAGAUCAAGAAUGUGGAUAUUCCGAUGCUCGACCCCUACCGAGAAGUCAUGACUGGUGGGAGCUUUGGGGGGUUCAGCUUCGGCUUGCAGACGUUCGAGGCCUUUAUACAGUACCAGGAGUCAACUGACUUUGUAAAGGCCAUGGAGUCCCUUCGUGGGAUGAAGCUGAUGCUUAAAGGAGAUGAUGGGAAAGCUCUGGCAUGUAACAUUAAGGUUAUGUUUGAUACAACCAAACACUUCAGUGAAGGAGCUAUAAGGAGGAGAAAUCAAGAAAGGCUGAAAUUACAAGAGCUGGAGGAAGAAAGGAAAAAAGAAAAGAAGAGAGAAGAGGAAGAGGCUGAAAGAAAGAGAAAAGAGGAGGAGAGGAAAGCCCAGGAAAAGAGGAGAAAGGCCAGAGUCAGGAGGCGCGCCCUGAAGGAAAGGGGCAGACACCGGCAAAGGAGACAGAAGGACAGUGCCAAAGCGGAGGCCCGUCAGGGGCCCAACUCUUCGGAGGACUGGGAGGAGAGGAAGGGCCUGCUGGCCCGGAGGGAGCAGGAGGCCCUCCGCCUGCUGCGGGCGCUCCUGAGGAAAAUCGAAGUGUGUUGGCAAACUUUGGAAACACAAAACAUCCAGAUUCUGAAGGUUGGUAAAACAAUGUGCUUGCAAAACUUCCUUAUCCAAGGACAGACAUUUCUACAUUUCGAUUGCAACUUUAAUUUGGUGCCAUCAAAGGAGCAAAUUAACGUCAAGAGGAGUUAA